UGGAACCCUAUUGUUUGCCAACCCCAAAUUGAUCGCAGACAAUUCAGCUCUCUCUGUAAAAAUUCUCUGCAAAAUCGAAUAUGGGUAACACUGAGAAACUGAUGAAUCAGAUCAUGGAUCUGAAAUUCACCUCGAAGAGCCUCCAGAGGCAGGCUCGCAAAUGCGAAAAGGACGAAAAAACCGAGAAAUUGAAGGUCAAAAAGGCAAUCGAAAAGGGGAACAUGGACGGGGCGAGAAUCUACGCCGAAAACUCCAUUAGGAAACGCAACGAACAGAUGAACUACCUCCGGCUUGCCUCACGGCUCGACGCCGUGGUGGCCCGGCUCGACACCCAAGCCAAGAUGACUACGAUUAGCAAGUCCAUGGGUAAUAUUGUUAAAUCGCUCGAGUCCUCCCUAGCUACUGGCAAUUUGCAGAAGAUGUCUGAAACUAUGGACCGAUUUGAACAACAGUUCGUGAACAUGGAGGUGCAGGCUGAGUUCAUGGAAAGCUCGAUGGCUGGAAGUACUUCGCUUUCGACUCCAGAAGGUGACGUUAAUAGUCUUAUGCAGCAAGUGGCGGAUGAUUACGGUCUCGAGGUGUCCGUGGGUCUGCCCCAGCCAGCUGCUCAUGCAAUUGCGACCAAAAGCGAUGAAAAGGUGGACGAGGAUGAUCUUUCGAGGCGCCUUGCAGAGCUCAAGGCCCGCGGGUAAAGUUUGAAUAUUUUUCUGAAAUUGGGGAGAAUUUGGAGCUCUGGACUCCUGAUUACUGAUAAUAUGUGAUAAUACUUGAUUUAAUGCCUAAAUUAUAUUAUCUCUUGCAUUGGUCAAGGUUUUAUUGUGUAAAUUUGACUAUAUCAUGAUUGUGGACAUGUGACUCUAUGCUUAAAUGUUAUGAUGGAGUGUACCUUCUGCUUUUGUAUUUUGUGCCAAGGAAAUGUUUUUCUUUGA